GAGAGAGAGAGAGAGAAGAGAGAGAGAGAGAGAGAGAGACCAGGGAUCGCUGACUUCAACGGACAGGCUCGUGUUGGGGGAAAAGUCAGACACGCAGAAAGACGCCUAUCCUGCGAUUAACGUCCAAAUAUUUCCCACAAUUUUAACCUUCUACCGGUCUCGGGCGUCCUGAUUUUAAAGCCUUGCGUGGGAAACAUAUAUAUAUUUUUUUUCCUCCAUUCUCUCGACCUGAAAUGACUGCUUAGUCGCCGUGUUUAGCCAAUGGUUACUGCGGGGGCUCCCGUCUUGUGGAUUAUCCGUCGUCGCCGAGCCAGUUGCAUGGUCGAGCCCGGAGGAGGCCCCGCUCUGCUGGAUGGAUGUGUGUGAAGCAGCGCCGGACUCCCGAGUUCUGAUGAAGACGGUGAUAAUGAUGAUGCUUGGGUUUCAUCGGCACUGGGUGAACUGAUCUUGGAUGUUCGGGCUUUAUCGCCCCCCCCACAUCCACACCCCCCCCCUACACACACACACACAAAAACCAUUUCCUCAUACAGCAAAAAAAAAAAAUAUUCCUUAAAAACUGGACGCCCCUGGAGCAGUUUAUGACGACCCUGGAAGGAGCGUGAUGAGCGCGCGCUUCCGCUUGCCUGCUGGCAGAUCCUACAAUGUCCGGGCGACGGAGCUGGAGCGAGACAGGCAGCACACACAGGUUGUGUGCAACGUACUGCUUCUGGACAACACAGUCCAGGCGUUCAAAGUCAGCAAGUCGGAUCAUGGCCAGGUGUUGCUGGAUGCUGUCUUUAAGCACCUGGAGCUGACCGAGAGAGACUACUUUGGCGUGCACUUGUCUGAUGACUCCUUAGAUUCACCACGCUGGCUCGAUCCCAACAAGCCCAUCAGGAAACAGUUAAAAAGGUCUCCCCAUAACCUGAGCUUCAGAGUCAAAUUCUUUGUGACUGACCCCAACAAACUUCAGGAAGAAUACACACGGUACCAAUAUUUCCUUCAGAUCAAGCAGGAUUUAUUAACUGGAAGAUUGCCCUGUCCACACAACACGGCAGCACUGCUGGCAUCCUAUGCUGUUCAAUCUGAACUGGGGGAUUACAGUGAAACGGAGCAUUCAUCCGGCUAUCUGUCGGAAUACUGCUUCAUCCCCAAUCCCCCUCAAGACUUCCACAAAGAGGUCUCAAAACAUCACCAGCAGCACAGCGGUCUAUCUCCUGCCGAGUCAGAGUUUAAUUAUCUGAACACAGCACGAACGCUGGAGCUCUACGGGGUUGAGCUGCACUAUGCAAGGGACCAGAGCAACACAGAGAUUCUUAUUGGGGUUAUGUCUGCCGGGAUUGUGGUUUACAAGAACAGGGUACGGAUCAACUAUUUCCCAUGGUUGAAAAUCGUGAAAAUCUCCUUCAAGUGCAAACAGUUCUUCGUCCAGCUAAGAAGAGAGGCGACUGAGACUCGCGAGACGCUGCUGGGUUUCAACAUGGUGAACUAUCGGGCCUGUAAAAACCUGUGGAAGGCGUGUGUGGAGCACCACACCUUCUUCAGGCUGGAGAGGCCCAUCCCGCCACAGAAGAACUUCUUUGCUCACUACUUUACCCUGGGGUCAAAGUUCAGAUACUGCGGGCGGACGGAGGUUCAAUCUGUGCAGUAUGGAAAGGAGAAAGGCAUCAAGGACAGAGUGUUUGCAAGUCCCUGUGUAUCCAGGUCUCCCAGCAAGCCAUUGGCCAGGAAGUUGCUGGGUGGAACAGACUGGGAGUCAGUCAGCAGGAACAGCCUGUCAGAUGAGAGACUGGAGACCCAAAGCCUACCCACUCGCUCGCCGCCUGGGACGCCCAAUCAAAACUCACUGUUUGUACAAGAGGGCACACGGAUACGCCCGUCAUCCGUCGGGCACCUGGUCGAUCACGUGAUCCACGCUUCACCCAGCCUGCCUGUCUUCUCCUCCAAUCACAAAUCAGCAUCAUCCACGCAGGCUAACAGCAUCAGCUUGGACUCCACACCGUCUCCAGAGGGGCUUGAUGGCCAGCCCCCAGCCCUGCCCCCCAAGCAGCUGAGCAGAAAGACCUUGAGCCAGAUCAUCCAGGCCCACUCCCAGCAGAGCCUCCUGGACAACCACCUCAACGAGAUGUACGAUGUGCCCGUCAAUGCUGAUAAGACCACGCUGAAUGGAGUCGUCCCUCACGAUAACCUGGUCCUGAUCAAAAUGAGACCUGAUGAACACGGACGUUUUGGCUUCAAUGUCAAGGGUGGAGCUGACCAGAAGAUGCCAAUCAUUGUGUCUCGAGUAGCUCCAGGAACAUCUGCUGACCUGUGUGUGCCGCGCCUUAACGAGGGCGACCAGGUGGUCCUCAUUAACGGACGGGACAUCUCUGACCACACCCAUGAUCAGGUGGUCAUGUUCAUCAAGGCCAGCUGUGAAAGCCACUCUGGGGAGCUCAUCCUAUUGGUCAGACCAAACGCCAUCUAUGACGUGGUGGAGGAGAAGGUGGACUCGGAGCCAGACUUUCAGUACAUCCCAGAGAAGUCCCCUCAGGACCCCACACAGCUAGACCAGAACGCUUUGAGGGACUCCAUGGUCACACUGAAGGAAGGCCUGAGCGGUGGAGCCAUAUUGGCACAGUUUGAUCAACUGUACAGGAAGAGGCCGGGGAUGACCAUGCUGUGUGCCAAAUUACCUCAGAACGUUUCCAAAAAUCGCUACAGAGACAUCUCUCCUUACGAUGCCACGCGGGUCAUUCUGAAAAGCACAGAUGACUACAUCAAUGCAAAUUACAUCAACAUGGAGAUUCCAGCCUCCAGUCUUAUUAACCGCUACAUAGCUUGCCAAGGCCCGCUGCCCAACACCUGCCCCGACUUCUGGCAAAUGACAUGGGAGCAGGGCUCAUCCAUGGUGGUCAUGCUGACUACGCAGGUCGAGAGAGGGCGGGUGAAGUGUCACCAGUACUGGCCCAAUCCAGACAGCAGCGCCACCUAUGGAGACUUUACAGUAACGUGCCACAAUGAAGAGGGCAACUCUGCCUUCCUGGUCCGCGAGAUGACUCUGAUGCACACACCGAGUGAGCAGCAGAGAGAGCUUACACAGAUCCAGUACCUAGCUUGGCCUGACCAUGGUGUUCCUGAUGACUCCACUGAUUUCCUGGACUUUGUGGCUCUCGUUCGGACCAAACGGGCUGGACAGGACCAGCCGAUGGUGGUGCACUGCAGUGCUGGCAUUGGCCGGACAGGGGUUCUGAUCACCAUGGAGACCGCAUUGUGUCUAAUGGAGUGUGGUCAGCCAGUGUAUCCUCUAGAUAUUGUCAGGACGAUGAGAGACCAGAGAGCCAUGAUGAUACAAACACCUAGUCAGUAUCGCUUUGUAUGUGAGGCCAUCCUGAGAGUCUACGAGGAAGGCCUGGUCAAACCACUCAAGACCUCCAUCUACCAGCCGAGAGAGAAGGUGGAUGAGGAGAGAGAGGAGGAGAAGAAAGAGCAGCAGAACGCAGGAGAAGGGGAGGAGUCGGCAUCGACGGAGGACGGGGAGGCUGCCGUGGUGGAGUUGCUGGAGGGAGGCCUGGAUGAAGAGGACGACGACGACGAGGAGGUGGAGGUGCUGGAUGUGGGGGAAGUGACAGAAGAGGGGGAGGAGGAGGAGGAGGAGGAUGAAGAAGACGAGGAGGAGGAGGAGGAGGAGGAGGAGGAAGUCGAGGAGACAAGCGUCGCAAGCGCCACCAGCGUGACCAGUGAGACCAGCGUGAACCCUGACCCAGACCCCGACCCUGCUAACCCGUGACACUUGACCUUCAGGGGUCAUACUGGGUCGCCGGAGGAGAGAACAAAAGCACUGUUGCACUUUAUGCUGACAAAAAUGGAAAAAAAGAAACACAAACGAACAAAAAGUGAAAAUCGUGGACAAGCUCGAAAAAGAAAAAAUAGAAAUCCAGCUGUGUACCAUUAGGGGGAUAUUGUUUGUUCAGGGUCAAGAUAAAAAAAGUAUUCAAAGAAAGAAAAAAGAUAAACGUACGAGAGAAUAAAAGGUGGAUGGGGAAUUGCUGUAGUGCCAUAAGUAUGAAGGGGAUGGGCUGCCCUCGCGAUGGAAAGUUUUUUUUUUUUUCCCCCUGUUUUUAUUCUCCCCAAAGGGUCGCCCCGUCCCCUUCUGAGCGAGUCUGCCAGACGGACCUGCCUUUUUUUAGUCCUUUUAGCUGAUAAAGAGAUAUACCUUAUCUUUUGUUCCUCAGAAAGAGUAUUUAUUGUGUUUUUAGUUUAUGUCAAACCCUGUCCACUGAACAAAAAAAAAAAAACGUGUAUGUUCGUUUGUAUGAAUCUAGAGUUUCAUGCUUUCCUGAUUAAAUCUUAGCUAGUAAAGUAGUGCGAUUCUUCUUCUUCUAACUACUUCUUUGAUUUCAUUUGCUUUUCGUGGGGGGGGGGAGAAAAAAAAACAGUUAUUUAAUUUAUUGUACUUGGUUUUUAUCUUUCUCGGCUUUCUUGUCUACGUGUUCUGACAGCACAGACUGACAGAUGGACAGCUGAAAGCACUUUGUGUUUCACCUCUUUGUUCAGUGCUGUGGCAAGUUGUUAUUCUUUCUCCUGCGUUGUGCGGUGUUUUUUGAGCUUACAGGCACACGCGCUCCGAGGCGGGCCGUCGUUUGGCGUGGUGACGAACGUUUACUGGUUUACAAAAACUAAAGGGGGGCCUGUGUUUACUGGGCACACCUCUCUUAUCGCUUCUGUACCACUCAAAAGAGUCGACAAACUUAUCAUUGUUAGACAUGAUCUUCAGAAAACAUCACAUUCUGAAGUGAUUGAACGAUCAAAACGCAUUUCUCCUAACGCUGCAUAAAGCUCAGCAGCACAUUAGGUCAACACAAGAAAUGAAAGGCGGUGUCAUAAAGAGAGGCCCCCGCUAAACACACGGCCUCACUGACUUACAGUCGAAGCUAUAUUUCCAAGCCGUCAUGGCAGACAAAGCUAAGAAACAAAGCUGAGGUCGGUUCAUGUCUGUUUUCAAACACGCAGACAGUUUCAGCAUUCUGCAGCAAGUCAGCGCUCCCUGCUGAAGUGUCCUUGAGCCAGACACAGACAACACGAACACACAACUGUAUUUUAUAUAUGAACCUCUCACUCUACUCUUGAUUCUUUUCCUGGAAGAGGACAACUAAAGCAGAACAGUUGGCGCGUCAGAACCUGAAAAAAAAAAAAAAGACAUUGGUCACAGUAUUUAGAAACAAAAAACACAGCAGUACCAUGAAUUAGUUCUCAAAGCUGCUACAAAAUGUUAUGCAACCAGUACAUGUAAGGUUUCAAACUCAAAUCUGCGUUUUGAAUUGACAAUGAACUGAUCUCAGCCUCAGUGUGAAUGGUGAAAAAAAGAAAUCUGACUUUAAAGGCUUCCUCCACUGACCUCCUCACUUCCUCUUGCUUUUUUUGUAUUGUAUUGAUUUCUAAAAGGUCAAGAAGACAUUGAGGACAAACCAAGAUCUCUGCGUACACAUAAGCAGUUAUGACUGACUCCUUCUUUUCACAGGAAUUCUCUCACUGAACACUUUCUUCAGAAAGAAAUUGCAAAGGGGUUUAGAGGUCACUGGAGCGGCAGCUCUUAAAACAACCUUUCCUGUUUUCGAUUAUUUUUUUUUUUUCUUUCUAAAUGUCUGAUCAUCUGCCUGAGAACAGUUGACAGUUCAACAAGGCAGCUCAAACAGAACAUUCAACCAAUCCUCUUCCUUUUCUAAUGGAUUUUCCCUACGGUACGUCAUUUUACGGCACAUGUUUAAAAAGGCGAGAUGAUGUGUUUAACGAGUGAUGACUAAUUGAUGACUUGUAUUUUUAUUCACAAAACCCAGCAUCGAUUUCCUUGAGUCUUUUUUUUUUUUUUUUUUAAUUGUCGAAGAACAGACAGGUUAAAGCUGCCAUUCUUUUUUUUUUUUUUUUUUUACAUAUCGGUAUGGAAUGAAGUGUAGCCUCUUCAUGAUUUGAGAUCUUUUUUUCUGAUUGGCUGCUUCGGUACCUGCUGUCAUUAACUCCUUCCAUGGAUUGUGCUGGAGAAACCUACUGCUGUGAGUGUGUGAGAGUGUGUGUUCGAGUGUGUGUGUGUGUGUGUUUAGGUUUCAGUCUUUAAUUUUCUCUUCCUCUGAACCUCUCCCUCCUCCAUUUCUAACACACAGUUUGUUAGCUGUCUGGUCUAAGCCUGCUUGUCUGUUAACUGGAAUGAAGGGUUGUGUUAUAAAGCCACAAUCUGACCUGAUCUCGAGCUCUUUUUUUUAUAUAUAUAUAUAUGGUGCAUUUCAAAGUGUGUCCUGAGAACCAGGCGGAAUCUUUGCCUGUGAAACAUUUCAAAGUGUGCUCAUACCUCCAUAUCAAACAGCUGAAUCAUAACUUUUUGUCACAUGGAGAGGUGGGAUCAAAAAGAGCCUUGAAAAUGCUUUCCUCUUCCUUUUUUUUUUUAGCUCUCCUAUAUUGCGGCCCUCUUCCAAAAUCUUCCUAAAUCCUUCUCUCAGGCAACAUCAGUCAUUUCAGCUAAGCCUACGCAACAUCCACAGUCCAUUCUUCUCAUUGUUCCACCCCAGAUGCCUCUCUUUUUUGGAUCAUUAUACACGGAUCCCACUCUCUCAGCACUGCCUCAAGGCAAAUAACACAUCUGAGCAGAAUACCAUGGGGUACAGUAGCACAGGAUUUAGCUUGUUUUACCCUGAAGGACACGCUUAGACUAGCUAGCUAAGGAGUGAAAACUGGUUUUAAAUCUUUUUUUGGGGGGGGGGGAUUUAAGUUAAAAAAUACAUUGCAAAUCAUGCAAAAUAUGAGAAUUGGAAGAACAACAGUCAGCCUCCAGUGGCUUCUUCUCAUCUCUUUUUUUUUUUUUGCAUUCAGCAGCAGGGCCAACAAUAAGUAAAUUACCAAAAGGUGAAAAUUAAUUCAAGCUGAAGGCAUCCUGCUGAAGUGGCAUCAGUAACAAGUUCGCAAAAACCUUGACAAUUCUUAACAGCAAACUAACACAUCGGCCCUGUACUGAAAAAAAGUUAAUAAUUGAUAUGUCAGGGCUGCUAGGGUUUCCAUCUGCACAACAUGUCCAGCAGUGGUCCGUCUGUGUUCAAAGUGUUCUGUUGUUGACAUAUAAUUGGUACUGUCUGUGCGUUUAGGGUACUGAUCAAAGGUAGUUUGGAGGGGGACCAGACAAGGGGAGGGCUCGGGGGGUAAGUUGUAUUUUUGUAAAGAUGAAAUCGGCUCUAGGCAGGUAGGGAAAAGGACAGCACUUUGUAGAAGGCUGAGUGAAAGGUAGUGCUACUGGAAGAAAAGAAAAAAAGUUGGAGACAUAAAGCAUUGUUAAACUUCUUUUUUUUUUUUUUUUCCUUCUCAUUUUUAUUUUGUUUCAAAGUACGACCUGUAAGGGGACGAGAAAACAAAAAAGACGAGAACUCCUAACUACACAGUGCCACUUGUUAAUUUUGUGUAAAUAAAACUAGACCAUGUAAAUACAAUGUUGUAUAUGAAAAAAAAUCUUUAAAAUAAAAGGGAAAAUCAUUUGUGAGCAGAAAGAUUUUGUUUUUAUUUUAUUUUUGGAUUUUUUUUUCUCCUUUGGAUAAAUCAAAUGUGACACAAAUGGUGUGUAUUUCAAGACUGCUAUUUCAAAGUUUUUGUUUUAUUUGAAACUGGUCUAUAACAGCGAGUGUAUAUAUAAUGAAACACAAAAUAAUGAGAAAUGUUUUACCGUAUUAUACCCUUGGUUAACUUCUACCUGUGUCAUAAAAACCUUUGUCCUCAG